AUGGAAUUUAAGCCCCUCAAGUUGAAGUUAAAGAAUGUGGUUUCUGAUGAUAGUAGUGAGGAUGAAAAAGACUCAGGAAAUGAUGAUUUAGGACUUACCUUAGAAAAAUUGAACCUUGGUCCGAGGAAGAAACUUCUUGUGCUUAACCUUGGUGGGUUGCUGGUGCAUAGGUUGCACCGUCGUGAAGAGUACAGCGUUCGAAAACACGGUCAUCCCGAUUUUGUUUCCGGAAACUUCCUUGUUUUCAAGAGGCCUUUCUGUGAUGAGUUCUUGAGAUUUUGCUUUCAGCGAUUUGAAGUGGGGAUAUGGUCUGCUGCAAUGCGAUUGAAUAUAGAUGGAGUUUUAAGCUCUAUCAUGGGUGGAUUGCGAGGCAAAUUGGUUUUUGUGUGGGAUCAAGAAGAAUGCACUGAUUCUGGUUUUAGGAGCUUGGAGAAGAAAGAAAAGCCCAUAUUCUUGAAGGAGCUGAAGAAACUGUGGGAAAAGAAAUAUUCAACCCUUCCAUGGCGUAUUGGACAAUAUUCAUCAACAAAUACAUUGUUGAUUGAUGAUGAUCCCUACACAGCCCUGCUCAAUCCACCUAACACAGCAAUUUUUCCAAAGAAAUAUAAGGCCGAUGAUGUGAAUGAUACAUAUCUAGGUCCAAAAGGCGAAAUGCAGCUGUUUUUGGAAGGCCUUGAAGAUGCUGAUGAUGUUCCUACUUAUGUAAAGGAGCAUCCUUUUGGGCAGCCUGCAAUUACACCCUCACAUCCUGACUGGGGUUUCUACUCCAAGAUUAUCCGUCGUUUUCGUAAUAAUGGAAAAGAUGAUGAGAGGAAGAUAUGAGUGCAACAAAUCUGGGAGAUGUAGCCUAGAUCCUAGUUCUUCAAUCUAGAGUGGUUCUG